CAGGAUACCUUCCUGGGAUUCUUUUAGGUCCUAUUUUUAACUGUUUAUUCUAAUCAUCUGUACUUAGCUCACUAAAUGCAGUUCAUUAUCUAAUGCGCUAAGUGAAUAGUCGUUGGACUCUUUUUUUCGGAGAAUUGCACGCGCUUGAAAAUCUAGUUACGGAAAAUGUCCGAAAUAAAAGAAUUCGAAAGUGUGGAUUCGGCUUUGCAUCAGCUCCCCAAAGAUGACUAUGAGCGAGUUAAAAAGAUCUUGUACGGAAAUGAUACGCAUGAAAUCUCGAUUCCCGAAGAGAGCAAAGAAAUGGCUUCUAAAUACAACAUAGAACUGAUUUCUUGCGGCUUCAAUUGUAAGGAAGAACAACUAAGAAGCCCUAAAGUCGUGAGGAUUGCUUUGUUCCAGCACAAACUUGUGCCGUUUCCUACUACCACCCCAAUUCAAGAAAUGAAAUACGCCCUUUUUAAGUUCGCUAACAAAGCUAUCAGAAUAGCCGCAAGAGCUGGUGUUAAUAUAUUUUGUUUUCCUGAAACAUGGAAUAUGCCUUACGCAUUUUGUACCCGUGAAAAAACGCCCUGGUGUGAAUACGCUGAAAACGCGCAAUUUGGACCUACUACAAAGAUGUUGCAGGAGCUAGCAUCUAUCCACAACAUGGUCAUCAUUUCACCUAUACUGGAAAGAGAUGAAAUUCACAAUGACUCAGUAUGGAACACAGCUGUAGUCAUAGACAAUCACGGAGAUUAUUUGGGAAAGCAUCGCAAAAAUCACAUCCCAAGAUCAGCGGAUUUCAGUGAGCCUAUCUAUUAUGUUGAAGGAAAUACUGGUCAUCCUGUUUUCGAGACUGAAUUUGGAAAAAUAGCUGUCUGCUUUGGCCGUCACCAUCCUUUGGACUGGCUGGUCUUCGGCUUAAAUGGCGCAGAACUCGUUUUUUGCCCAGCAGCCGCCGCCGGUGUUACGAGCGAACCAUUAUGGAGCAUUGAGUCAAGGAAUGCAGCCUUAACCAACAAUUAUUUCACUUGUGCUGUCAAUAGGGUUGGGAUUGAGGUCUUUGAGAAUGAAUUUAGUACUGGAGAUGGAAAGCAGCCCCAUAGAGAAAGUGAAUAUUUUUAUGGGUCUAGUUUCGUUACUGCUCCAAAUGGAACUAGAUCACCUGGCUUGUCCAGGACUAAAAACGGUUUACUAAUCGCGGAAAUGGAUUUGAACUUAUGCAGACAGGUCAAGGAUCAAUGGGGUUUCCAAAUGGCCCAAAGACUGGACAUAUAUGCAGAAUGUCUGUCCAAAGCGACUAAGCCAGAUUUCGUUCCUCACAUUAUUCGAAAAGCAUGUAAACCAUUUUCCACAUUGUAAUUGAUUGUAUUUUCUAAUUGUAUAUAUUUAUAUUAUUCAUAAGUCCUCUUUUUGUUUGAAAUUACGUUUUUUUGUACUGGCAUUAAUGUACUGUUGCUUCCCAUGUCUCAUUUUCCAAAAUUAGAAUGACUGUUAAAGAUAUUAAACCCUUGCAAUGAAAUAAAGGAAAUUAAAGAAA